CCCCAAAAAAAGUCUAAAAUAUGAAUCUGAAAAGGCUCUAAAAGUGGUGUACGUUUGUGAACAAGCCCGUUUGCCUGAUGCAUCCAUAAACGAGUUCACGGCGGCUGCUGGCCAGUGCGAGCAGGCUAAAUCCCAUCACCUGCUGGUGGGGAGAACUGGUGAGAAUGGGAGCGCGGUGGUUUAACCGCAUGCAUCUGACGUUUAAAAACCUGGCGGCAUAUGCAGCGAUGCUGAUCAGAUAAAAACGCUAACUAGUGUGGCCAGAUAGCUCGGGAUGAGCGGGGCGGUUGGACAUGCUGUUCUUCGGCAAAAGGGACUCGUCCAAUUCUGACGCUGGUUGUUGUGCACAAUGUGUAAGGUUUUUAAUCCGGAGUUUUAAUACGCAGCGUUACCGGUUUCAGUGCCAGUGUUCCUGCCGGUUGUGGACGGGUACAAAUCCCGGUGUGUACACCAUGGUGGAAGCUGUAACGUUAGACAUAGUUCUCUAGCGCUUUACUUUAAACUGGCUAUCGCGUCCGUAAAGAAUUAAAGUUUUAACGACAAACCCUUUUCAUCUGCGAAUAUGAUUCCACGGUUGUCUUUAACACUGGUGUGUGUGUGUGUGUGUGUGUGUGUGUGUGUGUGUGUGUGUGUGUGUGAGAGAGACCUGUGUCCUGACAGAGAGCUGCUACAACUUAAGAGAUGUCCCGACCCGGUACCCUCACGGCUGCGGUGGCGACCUUGCUAGGAGCCACGCUAGGAGGCCUGUUCCUGUGGCGUACCAUAUACACGCAGAAGAAAAAACCCCUCAAAAGCACCAGAGGAGCUGAGCAUUUGACCGUCGAGCAGCUCGGCCCUCUGGAACUGGGUGCAGCCACUCCUCCACAUCCACUACAGGAACCUCAACCCGCACCACCUUCUCCAAAGCCUAAUUUCUUAGUCCCAGUUGAAAAGUUACUGGAAGUACCAGCGGUGGUGGUGAGCUCCUCGGAGGAGUGGGAGGAGCACUGGCCUUUGAUCCAGCAGGACUUGUCCGUCAUCCCUGCUCUGGGUCUGGACUGUGAAUGGGUGUCUGUCAGAGGCAAGGCUUCAGUGGUCUCCCUGCUCCAGCUGGCCACCUUCUCGGGCCGCUGUCUCCUGCUCAGGCUUCUGGCGUUUCGGCAGGCCCAGCGGCCUCUGCCUGCCGUCCUGCUGCAGGUCCUGAGGGACCCGCGCGUGCUGAAGGUAGGCGUGGGCUGUGUGGAGGACAGCAAGCGCCUGGCACAUGACCACGGCCUGGCUCUCGUGAGCACGGUGGACUUGCGGUCCUUGGCACUAAGGCAAAGAUGCGCGGUGCUGAGUAACGGACUCAGUCUUAAGUCGCUGGCAGGCGACGUGCUCGGCGUCAGCCUGGACAAGACCCCCGCUCUGCGCUGCAGCGACUGGGAGGCCGAGAGCCUAAGCCAGCAGCAGAUGACGUACGCGGCACGUGAUGCCCAGGUCUCAGUCGCCCUCUUCCUCCACCUGCUGGGGCUGUACUCCGAGCCAUGGCUGCCGGACGAGACCCGGAGCGCCUACUCGACGCUGGCCGCGCGCUGCCAGGGCCUGGUGGACGUGGCCUUCAGGGGGCGCUGUGAGACGGAAGAAGGAGAGCACAGACAUCGCAGCCGCAGGCCCACGCCGGAGAGCCCCGAGGCGGGAGACCAGCAGGUGCCGGACCCCCGCAGGAACAAACGCAAGCCCCUAGGGGUGGGCUAUUCGGCCAGGAAAUCCCCUCUGUACGACAACUGCUUCCUCCAUGCGCCCGAUGGCCAGCCGCUCUGCACGUGUGACAAGAAGAAGGCAAAGUGGUACCUGGAUAAGGGCAUUGGAGAGCUGGUCAGUGAGGAGCCCUUCAUCGUGCGUCUGCUCUUUGAGCCAUCGGGUCGGCCUGACUCGCAGAAGGACUACUACCUCACUGCCAAGGAGAACCUGUGUGUGGUGUGUGGAAAAGCUGACUCCUACAUCAGAAAGAACAUCGUCCCGCACGAAUACAGGCGUCACUUCCCGACCGAGAUGAAGGACCACAACUCCCACGACAUUCUGCUGCUGUGCACGGGCUGCCACGCAGCGUCCAAUGUGUACGACGGCUUCCUGAAGCAGCAGCUGGCCGAGGAGCACGGGGCGCCACAGGGCUGUGAGGAGGCCGCCCGGACGCUGGAGGACCAGGAGAGGCGGCGGGUGCGCUCGGCCGCCCGUGCCUUGCUCAGCGCCGGCGAUGCUGUGCCCGCCGCGCGCCGCUGCGAGCUGCUGGCCACGGUUGCCGCCUUCUUUGACCCCGGUGGGCAAGAGGGUGAGGGCAGAGUGGUCAGCGAGGUCACAGCCCAGAUGCUGGAGACAGCCGCCAACCUAGAGACCAGGAUCUGUAACGAGAACUACGUACCCCACGGGCUGAAGGUGGUGCGUGCAUUUGCGGAGCGAGGCCUGCAGGGGUUGAUUGAGCUUGAACGCCGCUGGCGUCAGCACUUCCUGUCCAGCAUGCAGCCUGGCUUCCUGCCGCCACUGUGGUCUGUCAGCCACAACCACGAGAAGUACCUGCGCAAGUACGGCGAGGACCUGGUCGUCAGCCUGAGCUGAGUGCCGCUGCAGCUGGGCAGGGUCACCACGCCCCUCCCCUCCCCCCCGUCAUGUUGUUUCAGCACGUUUCCAAAGAGAUGAACUCCUGCCAGGGACUCCCCCACGACCCGAGCCUGCCGCAGGUUCCCGGACGGCCUGUAGAUGGAGUCAGAGAGAGCGGCCGCAGGCACACGGACCUGCUUGUCACCGUGGUAAAUCACUAAAGAAGAAAGUGGAGAUGUUGAUUCACAAGCAAGGAUGAUGAGGGUUAAAGACAUUUGUGUGCACACUCCUUUAAAAAACAAAAACGCAAAAAAGAAAAAAAAUGUGUUGGAAGAACAGUUCUCAGCUUUUCAUAUUUUUAAACAGCCCAAACCUGCCUUUGAGUUCUUAAGAUUAACUAAAAAUAAAGUUGGUGUAGGUAGAAUGACUGCAGGAUUGUGGCCCUAUUAACCCUAUUUUGAGUAAGUGUGGUGAAUGUGAAGUUUGCCUUGGGGCGUUUGGCUGGCCCCCUCGCCAUAUCUCAGUCUUGGCUGUGAGACGGUUUCAUAUGUCAGUCUUUUAGGAUAGAUUUGACUAAUACACGGUUCCUAAUUUGUGAGGUUUUUUUUUUUUUUUGGAAGCCCUCUAGGCUCUCUGGUUGGAUAUUUUAGUUUUUAACCGCUGUGGAAGCGUGUGCGUGGCCGUUCCCCCGUCGGGAGUCAGGACACCUCAUGGCGCACGUCGUCCGUGUGCCCCUCCCCUGACCCCUUCGGGGGAAGGUGCACGCUGGCGUGAAGUUCAUUACGCCAGGGCUGGCAGUGUUGGUAAGUGGCCUCCGUUGCCAUCUUUGCUUGUAACACGUCUGUGGUACCUGUAAACAUUCACAGCCAGAGAGCGUGCUUCCCCUGAGCGGUAAACGACAGGAAGCCGAUGUCCAGAAGCGUCCUCCUUCAGCAAGGCACUGAGAUUCCCGUGCACGUCCAGUGCGCGCCAUUUAACUAAAGAAACAACAGCUUGGCUUUUUUAUUUACAUUUGUCCAGAUGUAACCCCUUUAAAGCUGUCCUGUUUCCUUAAUAUGUUAUUAAAGAAGCGAUCUAAUGUUGAGAGACGUGUGUGUUGGGAGGUGCUGGUGCAGAAGCUUUGGGGGCAUGGCUAAAUCCCAUAGGCUCCGCCUCCAAGGUCCCCACUUUAGCUCAGCCCAUAUUCCACACUGUUUCGAAACAAAACGUGUUGGCACGAGCAAUUUCUGUUCACCAUUUUACUUUUUAUUAUUUACAAAAUCACAGUUAAAUAAAUAGUUUGUAAAAAUGUGUACAAAAGACUUUCUCUUUAUAUGUUUUGAAUGAAUCACUAACAUCACAUUGGGUCAAAGGCGUCAUCAGUUGGGAAUUAACAUUAAUGACCUUUUAUUUUUUUUAAACAAUCUGCGAAAUUAAGGCCUCUCUGAUUUUGGCAUCUGGACAGCCUGUCAGGCAGAAGUGUUUGUGCUGAGAAGCUGUGUCAGACACAUGCUGCCAUGUUCACAGUAUCACAUGACCUCAAAGAUGAGAGUGACAUCAUAACAUCGAAAAGUGGCACCGUGUCACAUUUUAGGGUGAGUCACAGUUCACGGGGGUGGGGGGGCUGCACACAGCUCUUGGCAAUUUAGGUUUUCUGAAUCAUAAUCCUAGACAGUGCAUAGCAUGAUGGGAAGGAAAUCCAAAUUAGCCAUUUAAAAGUAGGAAUUUUGAUGUUGGGACGUGGAUGUUUAACUACGUGAAAGCGUGACAUGAAAUCGUUAAAUAUACCUCUAAUGUCUCUGCU